GGUCCGUCCGAGGUACUUCAAUGCGGGCGGCGAUUCAACCAUUUUCUCUUCACUGUUCGACUUCAAACAAGUUCAUGGCGUCUAAUUCGAGCUCUUUGCUCUGGUUUCGAAAGGGCAUAAGGAUUCACGACAAUCCGGCGCUUGAAUAUGCGGCCAAGGGCGCCAAUUGUCUCUAUCCCGUUUUCGUCAUCGAUCCACAUUACAUGAAGCCUAAUCCCUCGGCGUUUUCCCCUGGAUCGUCUAGGGCUGGACUGAACCGUAUUCAGUUCCUUCUUGAGAGCCUCGUGGACCUGGAUAUGAACCUCAAGAAGCUCGGCUCGCGCUUGCUGGUUCUUCACGGGGAGCCUGGUGAGGUCUUGAUUCGCUGCUUGGAAGAGUGGAAUGUCAAGAAGCUUUGCUUCGAGUAUGAUACGGAUCCUUACUACCAAGCUUUAGACAGUAGAGUUCAAAACCAUGCGUCUGCUGCUGGGGUUGAAGUUUUCUCUCCUGUGAGCCAUACUCUGUUCAAUCCGGCAGACAUUAUUCAAAAGAAUGGGGGCAGGCCACCUCUGAGUUACCAAUCCUUCCUAAAACUUGCUGGCGAGCCCUCUUGGGCACGUGCCCCUCUGUCUACCACAGUUUCUUCACUUCCUCCUGUUGGCGACACCCGAAGAUCUCAGAUUUUAGAUGUUCCAACAAUUAGAGACCUUGGUUAUGAAGACAUGGGAAAGGUUGAAUGGACUCCUUUUAGAGGAGGUGAAACGGAAGCCUUGAAGAGGCUAGAAGAAUCAUUGAGUAACAAGGAUUGGGUGGCAAAGUUUGAGAAACCCAAAGGUGAUCCAUCUGCGUUCUUAAAGCCAGCUACAACUGUCUUAUCGCCCUAUCUGAAAUUUGGGUGUCUCUCUUCCAGGUACUUCUAUCAACGUGUUCAAGAUAUAUAUAAAAAUGUCAAAGGGCAUACAACACCUCCAGUUUCCCUUGUUGGACAGCUUCUAUGGCGGGAGUUUUUCUAUACUGCAGCUUUUGGAACGCCUAAUUUUGACCGGAUGAAGGAUAAUAAAAUAUGCAAACAGAUACCUUGGAAAGAUGACAACGAACUCUUGGCGGCAUGGAGAGAUGCAAGAACAGGAUUUCCUUGGAUUGAUGCUAUCAUGGUUCAGCUUCGUAAAUGGGGUUGGAUGCACCACCUAGCACGACAUUCUGUUGCAUGUUUCCUAACUCGCGGAGAUCUGUUUGUUCACUGGGAGAAAGGUCGUGAUGUGUUCGAGAGGCUUUUGAUUGAUUCAGAUUGGGCUAUUAACAAUGGAAAUUGGAUGUGGUUAUCGUGUUCAUCAUUUUUUUAUCAGUAUAAUCGUAUAUACUCUCCUGUCACAUUCGGAAAGAAGUAUGACCCGAACGGUGACUACAUUAGGCAUUUUCUUCCGGUCUUGAAAGACAUGCCCAAGCAGUACAUAUACGAGCCAUGGACAGCUCCUCUCAGCAUCCAAAAGAAGGCAAAGUGCAUCAUCGGUAAAGACUACCCAGAGCCAGUGGUAUCACAUGAUAUAGCUACCAAAGAUUGCAGGAGGAAGAUGGCUGAAGCAUACGAACUAAACAAAAGAUUGAAUGGUAUGAUAAGUGAAGACGAUUUGGAGAACUUGAAACGAAGUUCAGAGGAGGAACAAAGCCAAAAGGUUCAAACGAAACGGAAAAGACAAACCAUCAUUGACUGGAUUCAAGCACCAUAGUUAUCUCCCGGGUUGCCGAAAGUUAAAUGGAGAUCACUGAUGAAGAUUAGUAGCUUAGCACUCACAAAAGCUCGAAGAUUCCCCGUCACUUUAGAAUCACAAUGACCCGAACUAAUGUUUGUCAUUUUUGCCCUUAUCUUAAUAGGAGACUUUGA